CAGGGCGGGGCCUCGUCCCAGCCGGCGCUGCGGUGUCCACUGAGCGUCACUGUACUUGCCGGGCUGAGGUCGUCUCAGCUGCCAUGGCGAAAGGCAGAGUCUCAGAGCGAUCGCCGGCCGGCGCGCUCCACACGAACGCAGGGAAGGACGGGACGGAGGGGACGCGGGGACCCGCGGCGCCCGUUAGCGGAGACCACCUGAAGGAAAAAGCCUGGGCAGAAGCUGGGUCAGCAAGAAUGUCACUGCUUAUAUUGGUGUCCAUUUUCCUAUCUGCAGCUUUUCUUAUGUUUUUGGUAUAUAAAAAUUUUCCUCAGCUUAGUGAAGAAGAAAGAAUGACUAUGAAGGUUCCCAGAGAUAUGGAUGAUGCCAAGGCUCUAGGAAAAGUUUUAUCCAAAUAUAAGGACACCUUUUAUGUACAAGUACUUGUAGCUUAUUUUACUACAUAUAUUUUCUUGCAGACAUUUGCUAUUCCGGGCUCUAUAUUUCUCAGUAUACUGUCAGGGUUCCUUUAUCCCUUUCCACUAGCCUUGUUUCUUGUUUGUUUGUGUUCCGGACUUGGUGCCUCAUUCUGCUAUAUGCUCUCCUAUUUAGUUGGGAGACCAGUUGUAUACAGAUACCUAACAGAGAAAGCAGUAAAAUGGUCACAGCAGGUUGAACGUCAUAGAGAACAUCUCAUUAACUACAUUAUAUUUUUGAGAAUAACACCAUUUCUGCCUAAUUGGUUUAUUAAUAUUACAUCUCCUGUGAUAAAUGUGCCAUUGAAAGUUUUUUUUAUCGGCACUUUUCUCGGUGUUGCGCCUCCUUCUUUUGUAGCAAUUAAAGCAGGAACAACAUUGUACCAGCUUACAACAGCAGGGGAAGCUGUUUCCUGGAACUCAGUAUUUAUUCUGAUGAUUUUGGCUGUUCUUUCUAUUCUUCCAGCCAUCUUCCAAAAAAAGCUAAAGCAGAAAUUUGAGUGAAAAUUUAUCUGGGUUAAAAUUGUAGCUGCCACUUUAUGUGGUAUUUUCUUCUUCCGAGACAACAGCGUUCUCUGCAGGCUCAUCAUUGACUGUUGAGAAGCCUUCAGUAGACUGUACCCGAAAAUAGCUGGUGGCCUGGAUUCAUGGGCUCAGACUGGAUGUAAAGCUGAGGUUCAACCACCAGCACCACCCCCACUCCCACACCCUUCGGCGCUGGGGUUGGAACCCAAGGCCUUGCCCGUGCUAAGCAUGCGCUGUCCAUUGAGCUACACCCUAGCCCAGUGGUAGUGAACCCAGGGCACACAUGGUCCAGCGGGCUGUUUAUUAUUAUUGAAAGUUCUGAAAAGUUUGCCGUCUGCCUCAGCCCACCCCUUCAUAUGAAAGACAGGUAUCGAGGGAAUAACUGCUAAAGCAAGCCAUCUGCUGUGGGAGGCAAGCAGGCUGACCAGGAAGUUGACACUGAGAAUGUGAAACAGCUCCCUUCUUAAUGGUCUAUCUCUGUUGCCUUGAGUGUAAUAUAUCUAAGACUUAAAUGCAAACUAAAAUGUAAUAAAUUUUACUGAGAAA